GGUCCAUGUUAGUCAAGAGAGGAUCAAUGAGGGUUAUGUAAACUAUCGGGGGAAAUGCUGCAACGUCGGCGGGUGGACGAGGCACUCAUUGGGCGUUACUUUCAGCUUUCUUAAGUGACAUAAAUGCGAAAUGAGACGAUCUCGUUAAUCAGUGUUGACUCUGGUAAUAAUAAAACAGGGGUAAUGUCCCAUAGUUAAUAGCUACUCAUUCCGCUGCCAGCUUUUAAGAAAUUAGAUCGCAUUUCCUUUACGUUUUUUUUUUUUGCUCGCCCUCAGGCUAUAACACAAUGUAAAGUUAAAAGUUGAACACUGCUUCUACAUAUUUCACUGCAUAUAACUAAUAACUCUAAACAUUUUCGAUUUAUAACUAUGAGAAGUUGUCAUUGUUUUAAGAUUUAACAUACAGCUGAGUGCAGUUUGUAACUGGUGGACUGGUCCUUAAAAUACAUAAGCAUUCUUGUCCAUGAAUAGUUUACAGAGGUUUAAUAUGCUUUUAAUAAUUGGUUUUAUUGAUAUAAACUCUUCAAUAUCUGUGAAGGAAUUUUUUUUUGUCCACCUGAUGAGUUACUGACUCAGGUGAGAGGUCAGUAUGAGGCCCUGGGUCACUGUGACCCAGCUACUGCACUGAAUCUAACCAGCUUUGAGAUAAUGAGGCGGCUCCUCCAGAUGAAGCUGUGCUUGGCUGAUACUGUUGGUGCCACGGCUGAUAACAACAGACCAUGGAUGGGCAGUACCGAGUGGCUGAGUGCAAGAUGAAUUUGGAGGAGUACUUCAAAAGAAUUGGUUUCCAUGGCUCUAAUGAAAAACUGGAUCUUGCAACACUGAAACUGAUCCACAAACAACAUGUCAUGUCAAUUCCAUUUGAAAACCUCAGCAUUCACUGUGGUGAGAAGAUCAUCAUGGACCUGGAGGUCAUUUUCAAUAAGAUAGUGAGGAGCAGUCGUGGAGGCUGGUGCCUUGAGAACAACUUUCUUUUUGGCUGGGUGCUGAGAGAAAUGGGCUACAACAGCACGACCUUGGGCUCCAGAGUUUUCAACAGUAUUCUCAAUGACUUUGGCCCUCUUGAAUCUCAUCUCAUCAACAAGGUUGUCAUUGAUGGAAAGGCUUACAUAACAGAUGUAAGCUUUGGGGUAUCUUCCCAAGUGUGGGAACCCCUGGAGCUCAUCUCUGGGAAGGACCAACCUCAGGCAGCUGGGGUCUUUCGUCUCAUAGACAAAGGGGACAUGUGGGUGCUGGAGAAGACUGGUAGAAAGCCAGAGGUUGUUAAUUCAGAGUUUGCCAGUUCAAGCCUGGUAAACAGGAAGGAAACAAAGCAGAUCUACGGCUUCACCUUGGUGCCUCGUGACGCAGAUCAUUUCUUUGAGACAAGCCACACACUUCAGACAGAUCCUAGUUCACUGUUCACCAAUAAGUCCAUCUGCUCUUUGCAAACACCCGCAGGAUUCAGAGCCCUGAUCGGCUGGACCUACAGUGAGGUCACCUACAAACCUGUGGAAGGUGUUGAUGAUUUAGACAUGAGGGACAUACCAGAUGAUGAGAUAGAGCAAAUUCUGAAGGAAAAGUUCAGUGUAAAGUUGCCGAACAAGCUAAAGCCUAUAAACAACAAAGCGUGGUACACACUCUGAAAAACCACAUGUAUUCUUUUUUUUUUUUUUUUUUUUUAAAUUGUCCUGAAAGAUGUUACAACCUGUGUUCAUCAUGACUGACCAGGUAGAGCAGCUUGUUGAAAAGUCAUCUAUUUCAAAACUUAACAAUGCUUUUCAUUUAUUUUUUGUACAAUGAAAAUAAUAGCAUUAUUCACUGACACUUUUGAGCGUAAGUAAUAAUGUAUAUUUAAAUCAGGUACCUCAGUAUGUCAGGUUACAGUUUGCAAAAAGUUGAUGUAAGAAACCUAACUUUGUUGGCUGUACACUAAACAUUAGUCAAAGAGUUAUGAAAUGAUGAACCACUUUUAAUCUGUACAAGAGUGAUGGAAAAAUGAAAGUAUGGAGAGAAAAAAACAGACCCAGACUUUGUCAAUAAUGGCCUGCUCAGUGUGGUGUAGUAUCAAAGUUAGCGUUUGGCUGACCGAUGGAGCCCGCAGGAUAUUUCAGCUGUUUUGGAUUCUGUAAAAGCCAAGUAUCCAGAGUUAAUUUAAGGAGCGGAUAUGCCUUUCUCAAUGAAAGUAUUACCAGCCAAGGAAAAUUGUUUUCAGUCUAAGUAAAUCUGAGCAAUGUUGUUUGCCAUUAUUUUGUAUUGUAGUAACUUGCUUAUACCAAUGCAACCUGUUGAGCUUCAACUUAUAUAUUAUCAAGUCACAUGAUAAAGCCAACCUUGAUGCUCUUGACUUUAUACUCACCUGUAUGCUAUGUUGUUACUCAUAUAUCAUAUUAUGCUCAUAACCUUUUGUAUCCUUUUCUUCAGAAACAUGAGUUUCAAAACAAGUCCUGUGUAUUAAAUCCAAGAAUUACAA